UCUGUCCCUGGCAGUUCCAUGAGUGGAGUUUUCUCUCAGUUUGUAUGGGUUUUAUUCCUGCCCUGACUCUCUGCAAUAUUGAACCCAAAAAUAUGGCGGAGGACCCUGAGGAGAGAGUUCUGUUGGAAAGUUGGAGUUGCCCAGUUCACUUUUAAGACAAAACGAAAUUAAAUUAGCAACUUAAGGAAAGUUUUGUUUUCGGAAGAUGCCGUUCUAUAAGAGGAUCGUGGCGCCCCAUUUGGUGUCUAGGUUGAGCACUGAAGUCUUUGGAAGAGUUUGGGAAGAUGGUGAGGAUGAGGAAGGGGUCGAGGAGGAUGGGCACGGGCUGCAGAGGAGGAAGAGGAGGAGAAGGAGGAAGAAGAAGCUGGAGCAGGAGCCCCCCCAGCCCAGUGCUCUGCUCUUCGAGAGCCUGCAGGACGUGUCCAGCCACACACUCGCCUCCCUGCUCCGGCAGCUGGCCGACCUCAGCCGCCUGGCGACCGGCAUCUUCCAGGAGCUGGAGCUGGAGGCGAACUCGCUGUGUGUCCGCUGCAGUCACCUCCACAGCCGGCUGCACAGCCUACAACGCCGCACCCUCCGACUCGACGCCAAAAAAGUCGCCGUCCCGGUCUCUAACCUGGAUGAAGAGAGCAGGUGGACAGUCCACUAUAAAGCAUCAUGGCACCACCAAGAGAACGUGUUCCUCCCGUCGAGCCGGUCACCCUGUGUAGAAGAUCUGCACCAGCAAGCCAAGGUCAACCUAAAGACCGUGCUGCGAGAUUGCGAUAAACUAAGGAAGGAUGGUUUUCGCAGUUCCCAGUAUUACUCACAGAGUCCAAUAUUCACCUCGCCAUCAUCUCAUCACUCAGCCAGUUGCCUGGAUGAGGAAGAGGAUCAGGAGCAAGUGUCCACAGUCUCAUCUGCCAAGGAGGAAAAGCUGCACUAUUCCAGGAGAUCUAAAACUCCAGUCCCCAGUGACCUCUCCGAGAUUGAUGUCCAGACCAACUGGACCAAGGCCCUGCCACUGCCCACACCAGAGGAGAGGAUGCGCCAACAAGCCCAGGCAGUACAGAGUGACGUGGUCCCAAUCAAUGUAACAGGCGAGAGCUUCGAUCGCCAGGCGGGCACCAGGCGCUCUCUUGUCCGCUCAGACACCGCGCUGAGACGGACUACGAGAAUCAAACGGCGAAAGACAAUCACCGGGCUACCUGACACCGUCCAGAAGGAACUAGGCUCUGGGCAGACACCAGCCAGAGGUCACUCUGUCAUCCUGGCCGGUCACUAUUCCACCAUCAGUCGCCUGGAGAGCAGCAAGGCCACCAGGGGGCGGUUAGUCACCAGGGACUCCUCCUGUCAAACUGAAGAGGUCAAGGUGGUGCCACCUUCUGUCCGGAGGAUCCGGGCCCAAAAGGGCCAAGGGAUUGCGGCCCAACUCUCCCAAUCAUCGGCCGACAUGUCUUCCGCCGGCAGUGCCAGAGACGGUGCGGUGCGUGCCAGGGCCGAGCAGCCCCGUUUCCACAGCCUCCCGCGGCCGGGUGCCAGGGUCUCGCUGCAGGAGCUGGGGGAGGCACGCGGGGCCCUGGGCCGGUCCGAGGAGCGUUUCCCGGACCCGGAGGUGACAGCGAAGCAAGACGUGACUGAGUCCCGGCUCCGGGCCCGCUCCCCUUCGACCCGCCGCAACCCUGGGGACGAGCUGGGCGCCGCCAUGUGCCCCGCUCAGCUCUCCGCCCGGGCCACCCUGUCCUCCAAGGCCGAGGUGGUGGCCAUUCCCACAUCGCGGGGCCAGCCCGGGCCUCCCCCCUCCCCGGGGGCCCCUCGCGAUGACCCCGGCUCCUCCAGUGGCAACUGGAGUGCAGGCAGCAGCGGUUCCGGUCGCCUGUCCCCCACCUCGGACACCCCACUGACCCCUUCCCGCUGCGACUCGGCAGUCUCCCUGGCACCUCCGGGUUCCGGGACAGAGCCUCCCCUCGGCCAGGGGCAGCAGGAGGCCCGCAGUGAGGGGAGACCUCGAGGGGCAGCAGCCCCUCCUUCCCCCUGCUCUCUCUCCGCCGCCCGCUGGAGCCCCCCAACAUCACCCUCGGAGGUCAGGGGUCAACGAUGCGCGGUCAGCCCCCCCGAGUACAGCGACCGCUCCCUGGGCCGCAGCAUCUCCCUGAAGAAGACCAAGAAGCCCCCUCUUCCCCCGGCUCGCACUGAUUCCCUGCGCAGGAGGCCCAAGGGUGGGCGGCCUGUGCUGAGCGAGUCCCUCAUCGCCAGCCUGCAACGCUCCCUGGAGGUCAACCUCCGAGCUCAGGAGGGAGGCCCAGAGCCUCACGGAGAAGGCCGAGAGCCUUGGGCCACAGCUCUCCGCAGCCAGAGCAGCUCCGGGGGCGAUGGCAGCACCAACAGCAGUGGGCGCUCCACUGCUGCCAGUAACGCCUACACCACCAGCGCGGCCACCCCAUCACAGAGCGAGACCAGCAGCCUGCGCUCCGAGUACAGUGACCCCUGGGCCUAUUACCCCGAGGGGCAGCAGCCUGGAGCUUGGGAGUGCGGGCCGCCUGGGCCUGGAGCCUCCGUGGAGCCCAAAGGUCCGGGCCAUGCUGUCACCUCCCCCUCGAGCGGCUAUUCCAGUCAGUGCAACACGCCCACCACGCUGAACCCAGCCCCAGCCUUCCCCCACCGCCCAUCGCCAGGGGCUGCCAAGCCAAAGUCAAAGCCAAAGGUCCCUGAGCGGAAAUCCUCGCUGCUGUCCUCCAUGUCAGCCUCAUCAUCAUCUGCCUCCCUCUCCUCAAAUGCUUCGGACUCCCGGCCUCAAGGGGCAGCAGUGAGUACUGCUGCCUCAAACACUCCUGCGAUAUCACCCAUAGGCCCUGACCCUCACCCUCACCUUCCUCUGGCACCCCCAGUGUCCACCGUCUCCUCUCCCCCUCCUCUAGCACCCUCACUGUCCACCAUCUCCUCUCCCCCUCCUCUGGCACUCCCAGUGUCCACCGUCUCUUCUCCCCCUCCUCUGGCACCACCAAUUUUCACUUUAUUCCCUCAUCCUCCCCGUCUGACGCCUCCCCCUCCUCUGGACACCCUACCCCCUCCUCCGCCUCCUCUGACCACUCUUGCCCCUCCUCUGACCACUCUACCCCCUCCACCACCCCCUCUGACUGACCUGCCCCCUCCUCCACCCCCUCUGACCACCCUGCCCCCUCUUCCACCCCCUCUGACCAACCUGCUCCAUCCUCCAUCCCCUCUGGCCACCCUACCGCCUCCUCCACCUCCUCUGACCAACAUGGCCACUCUCUCACCCCAGUUGCCCACUCCGACCUCACCCCCGCCCCCACCUGCGCCACCCCUGACUAUGGUGGCCUUUCCUGCUGGCUCUCUGGAUCCAAAGGGGUCAGCGUGUGUGAAGGCCCAGCCAUCUGGGAAAGAGCCCAAGACCCUGGGAGACCGUCCUGAGGCCAACAGGCCAGCGAUGGGCCUGCCCCUCAUUACAGCCAGCGCUCUGCAGAAAGUGCAGCUGAGGUCAGUGAGGAGGAGUGAGCGGGCAGAUCACCCGGGCCAGGUGGAGGGGCACAGCACCCAACUGAAUCCGCAGCCGGAACGGCCAGUGUCCCCUCCACCCUGGAAGCCCGCCAUGCUGCAGCGACUUUCCUCCCUUGGCCGACUUGCCAAGGCCCAUCCUGAGGCCCACAUGGCCCCCAGCAGCUGCCUGGCCCUCGGCCCUGAAAGCAAGGCCGGCCUCACGGAGCGACCCACAAUGUCAGCUCCCUCCAACAGGCCCGAGGCCCGGCCUGGAAACCAUCUCGAGCCCAUGGCAGAGCCAGCCUGUCCUGCUUCUCCUGUCCAGGCAACUGUCACCAGCACCAAGGUCACUCUGCUACCUGAAAGCCCUAAUGCCAAAUCACCCAGCAAAACGCCCCCUCCCAUCGCCAGGAAGCCAAAGCUGAUGCUCGUUGUCCCGCCGUCUCCAUGGAACAUCUCCCCUCAGGGGAAGCGACCUCCAGUUGUCCCAGAACCAGCAGCAGAGGACCCGAUUAGCACAGCGGCAGCAUCUACUGUGGGCCCCGGAGAGCAAGCCUCCCCAGCCCAAAGCGAGACCGCUCUGGAGUCUGACCACCCACUUCAUCCGGCCGAAAGAGCCCAGGACACUGUGCAGCCUGAGGCCUGGGUGGCUGACGUGCAGAAGGUUCUGGAUGAAAGCCAGAAAAGUCCCAGUUUGCGAGAUGAACCCGUCGCCGACAGCCCGGCCCCUUGGGAUGGUGUGGAUGACAACAGUGGAAUCAGCUGCCAGGAUGAGGACUUGGGUGAUGUGUUCGAACCCAGCUCUCCCAUCUUUACAACCAGUUAUGUGGGGAGUAUUGAAGAUCCGACCACUCCCAGCAAGCCCAGGACAACAGAGGACUUGUUUGCAGUGAUCCACAGGUCCAAGCGGAGAGUGCUGGGCAGGAAGGAUUCUGAGGAUGAGCUCAGCAAGAACGUGCCACACUCACCCCCAGUCACCCCCACGGGCACGGCCUCCAGUCCGGGCACCAUCAAGCAGGUUGGCUCCAUCCAGAGGAACCUGCGCAGGUCCAGCACCAGCAGUGACAGCUUCAAGGCCUUGCUCCUGAAGAAGGGGAGCAGGGUGGAGACCGGAUCCCGCAUGUCGGCGGCUGAGAUGUUGAGGAGCACCGACCCUAGGCACCGACCGCCCGAGUCACCGGCGACAACGGACACAGCCCGCAUGAACGGCUGGGGCCCGGCUGAGUCCCGCUCGCCGGGCCACCGGGCCAGGAACCCCCGCGAGGAGUGGGCCUCUCACGAGGGGCCGGUACCCAGGGGGUCAGCGCACGCGGGAGUCCGUCAUGGGCGGUCGCGCACACCCCCCUCGGCCCCCAGCAGCCGGUACGGCGCGCGGCACCUCCACCUGCACCGGCUCCACAGCAGCCCCAUGACUGUCAUCCGCGAAGGGGAGGUCGAGAGCCCGGAGGUCACUGAGGGUCAUCGCCCUGGUGACGAGGGCCGCAGGCACAGCGAGGGAGACCUCCUCAGCACCAAUGGCCUGGCAGAUGCCCAGUGCAGCCAGGAGUCCAGAGACGACCCCAUCUCCAGCCCCACGGGGCAGGGGGGCCCUGCCUCACGGAACCUUCUAGACUCGCUAAAGUGCAGGGCAGCAGACACUCUCCCUGCCCAAAGCGUUUUGGCAGAAGAAGGCGCGAACCAGGACUGGGACUCGUGAAAGACCGAGCAAUAAUGGAAAGAGACUGCUUUUAUUCCCCUGUGUUUUAGUUUUUGUUUUAACGUCAAGUUAAUUGCAAAGGGCCCCAGAUGGUUGAGGAGAAACCUAAACGCUGAAGGCUCUGGUCUCGCCUGGUCCAUCAGGCUGAGCUUUCCAAACCUGGGGGACUCACCCAUGCACCAAAACAGAGAGAGAGACCUGCAUUUAAAUAGCACCUUUCACAACCUCAGGCAACCCACGGCGCUUUGGAGUCUGCGAUGCACUUUUCCAAGUUCUCGUAAAAGCAAGGGGCAAAGAGCUCCUUUGCAUU